AUGCAGGGCAGUGUUCAGGAGUGUCGACAACAGGAAGACAGUGAGCAGCACCUGUGUAACCUCACAGACAGGAAGACUGAGCAGCACCUGCGUAACCUCACAGACAGGAAGACUGAGCAGCACCUGUGUAACCUCACAGAGAGGAAGACAGUGAGCAGCACCUGUUCUAACUGCAUCUGUGUUGGCAGUGCUAAGGUGGAGGAUUUCUCUACUGCUAUCCUGAAGCAGAAACACAGACCCAACAGACUGGUGGUGGAUGAAGCCCACAAUGAAGACAACAGCAUCGUCAGCCUCUCACAGGCGAAGACAGAGGAGCUGCAGUUGUUCCGUGGCGACACGGUGGUCCUGCGGGGGAGGAAGCGCCGUGAGACGGUGUGUAUCGUGUUGACAGACGACACCUGUCCAGACGAACGCGUCCGCAUGAACCGCGUCACACGCAACAACCUGAGGGUACGCCUCGGUGAUGUCAUCAGUAUUCAUGCGUGCCCAGAUGUGAAGUACGGCGUGCGUAUCCACGUCCUGCCGAUAGAUGACACCAUCGAAGGGUUAACGGGAAACCUGUUCGACGUCUUCCUGAAACCCUACUUCUUGGAAGCCUAUCGGCCUGUACACAAAGGCGACAUCUUCCUGGUGCGAGGGGGCAUGCGGGCAGUGGAGUUCAAGGUGGUGGAGACAGACCCCGCCCCCCACUGCAUCGUCGCCCCGGAUACCGUCAUCCACUGCGAGGGACAGCCAAUCAACAGAGAGGACGAGGAGGAGAGUCUGAAUGACGUAGGCUAUGAUGACAUUGGAGGUUGUCGUAAACAGUUAGCUCAAAUCAAAGAAAUGGUGGAGCUUCCCCUCAGACAUCCUGGACUAUUCAAGGCUAUAGGAGUCAAGAUUUGA